AUUUUAUUUUCAGAAAUGAUUCGAUCACUGGGAAUGCAUAUGCAGCCGUUUGACUAUGCCUCGCACACGGACGACGCGGGCAUCGAAUGGCAGAAAUGGAUACGAUCGUUCGAAACAAUGAUCCGGGCAAGUCGAAUCGAGGAUGAAGAUUGGAAAAAGGAUUUAUUACUGCACUACGCAGGACCGAAUGUUCAGCAGCUUUUCGAUACAUUACCCGAGGUGCCAGGAACUGAAAUGCGAGGUCCGUUGUUGAAUAUUGAACACUACACACCAAACAUGACCAGCUAUGAAGAGGCUAAAACAAAAUUGAACGCGUUUUUCCUUCCAAAGGAAAAUUCCACGUACGAACGGCAUUUACUACGACAGAUGAAGCAGCGAGCUGGCGAAAGCAUCGACUCGUUCACCAUCAGACUGCGAGUUCAGGCUGAACGUUGCGGUUUCGAUGACAGGAUGGAAGAAAAUAUAAAGGACCAGAUUAUACAGAACUGUCAGUCUGCCGUGCUACGGCGUGACCUCCUGAAACGAGGAGAUGCAAGUCUCGAGGAGAUAUUAAGUGUUGCUAAAAUAUUUGAAACAGUAGCACAGCAGGAAAAGUCGUUUGUCGGUGCAGGUGACCCGAAACCGAAUGCCCCCGAGGUAAACAGGAUCGAGGUGAAAUCGUACGGGAAAAGAACGAAGUUCAGUGAACUGAAGCAACCUGAGUGUCAUCGUUGUGGUUAUUUUGGUCAUUUCGCCAAAGAUGACAAAUGCCCAGCAAAAGGACAGCAAUGUAAAAAGUGCGGCGGAAAAGAUCAUUUUUGGCAGAAGUGUCAUAGCAAACAACCGAUAUUUGGGAAGAAAAAGUGGGAUGGUAACCCGAAAUUCAAGCGUCCUGAUGCUACUUCUUCCUCAAGUCGUAAAAAUGAUGAAUCAAAUGUCGUUAAGCACAUCGCUGAUAAGCAGGAGGAGUACAUUUUCCAUUUGACAACGUCUGAAGGUAACGGAGAAAUAAACUGCGAAAUAGGUGGAGUAAAAAUUUCUGCCAUUAUCGAUUCCGGAUCCAAGUAUAACCUAAUGAGUCAAAAGAACUGGGAGCAACUGAAGGAGCAGAAGGUGAUCGUAUCGAAACAACAGCGAGAUGCAUCGGUGACCUUUAAAGCUUACGGAGGACAAUCUUUGGAGUUGGUUGGCGUCUUUACGGCUUCUCUUAAGUUAGGAAAUUCAACUAAGUUGGUUGAUUUCUACGUUGUAAAAGGAGAUGGAAAAGUGUUGAUUGGCCGAGACACAGCAACGGCGAUGGACGUUUUAAAGAUUGGGAUUCCUGUUAAUGAAGUGGAAGCUGAUGUUAAAUGUGAGAAACUUGGAACAAUAAAAGACAUCGUUGUGGACAUACCGAUAAAAGCUGACGCAGUUCCAGUAGUGCAACCAUAUCGGCGCAUACCGGUUGCUUUAGAAAAGAUGGUCGAUAAGAAGCUGAACGAGUUGCUCGAGCAGGGUGUCAUCGAAGCGGUCAACGAACCAGCUAAAUGGAUAUCACCGGUAGUCGUAGUUCCGAAAGCUGGCGGCGGUGACGUACGCAUAUGUGUCGAUAUGCGACGUGCUAAUGAGGCUGUGGAAAGGGAAAAUCACCCACUCCCAACUUUCGAAGAUUUUUUACCGCAUUUGGCUAAAGCGAAAUUUUUCUCCCGUCUGGACGUGAAAAAUGCUUUUCACCAGGUUGAAAUAUCGGAAAGGUCACGUGAUAUAACCACAUUUAUCACACGGAAGGGCUUAUUUAGAUAUACCCGUCUGAUGUUCGGAAUAAAUUGCGCGCCAGAGCUGUUCCAAAAGACUAUGGAACAAGUCUUAAGUGGUUGCGAAGGGUGCUUGGUUUUCAUCGACGAUAUCAUCGUGCAUGGUUCCGACAAGGAAGAACACGAUAUGAGGUUAAAAAAGGUUCUGCAAAGAUUACGUGAGUGGAACGUAGUUCUGAAUGAAACCAAAUGCAUUUACGGUGUUUCUGAAAUGAGAGUCUUGGGGCACAUCCUGUCCGCUGAAGGCAUCAAACCAGAUGAGGACAAGUUAGAAUCCAUUCGCCGCUUCCGUGAACCGAAAUCCGGGGAGGAAGUUCGAAGCUUUCUAGGCCUCGUGAAUUAUAUCAGCAAAUUUAUUCCAGAUGUUGCAACACUGACAUUCCCACUUCGACAGUUAACGGUUCAGAAACAUAAUUUUGUCUGGGAACCGGAACACCAAAAAGCAUUUGAGAAAUUGAAGGAUCACAUGGUUUCCCCUACUACAUUGGGAUAUUUUAACGAUUCAGAUCGCACGCAGCUAGUUGCUGAUGCUAGCCCUGUGGGGCUAGGGGCGGUUCUGAUACAAAUGAAUGAACAUGGCCCCAGGAUAAUAGCUUAUGCUAGCAAAAGCUUGUCCGACGUUGAGAGGCGAUACGCACAGAUUGAAAAGGAAGCUCUUGCCCUGGUAUGGGCAGUUGAGCGCUUUCACUUUUAUUUAUUCGGACGAUCAUUCGAACUUAUUACAGACCACAAGCCAUUGGAGGUUAUUUUCGGCCCUAAGUCUAAGCCUUGCGCUAGGAUAGAGAGAUGGGUGGUCCGACUACAGUCGUAUAAAGCAACAGUUGUUUAUCGACCAGGAAAAUCCAAUAUUGCGGACCCAUUAUCUAGAUUGGCUAUAACAGAUACCACAAAUGGAAAAACUUUUGACGAGUACGCGGAUCAAUAUGUAGCUUGGGUAGUUUCAAACGCUCUACCAGUAGCUUUGAAAAUUUCGGAAAUCGAACAAGCUUCAGAAGCCGAUAGCACUAUCCAGUCUGUUCGUAUAGGGAUGGAACACGGUGACUGGACUGAAGAUGCAACACCGUUUAAGCUUUUUGUCACGGAGCUGAGCUUUGUGGACAAGAUAUUGCUUCGAGGUACUAGAAUAGUGAUGCCAGAUAUUUUGCGAACUCGUACUCUAGACUUAGCCCAUGAAGGCCACCCCGGAAUGACAAUUAUGAAGCAGAGAAUGAGGGCAAAAGUAUGGUGGCCAAAAAUGGAUAUCCAUGUAGAGCGUUAUGUUAAAAGCUGUCGGGGGUGUAUGUUAGUUGCGGCCCCACCAAGACCAGAACCGAUGAAAAGACGGGAACUUCCCUCUGGCCCUUGGCAACAUGUGGCCAUUGAUUUCCUUGGUCCGCUACCGUCUGGACAUUACUUAUUUGUAGUAGUUGACUAUUUCAGCCGUUACAUAGAAGUAGAGAUCAUGACGAAGACCGACACCACUGAAACUGUUAAGCGACUGAAUGUUAUAUUUUCCCGUUUUGGCCUCCCUUUCUCCAUUACUGCUGACAAUGGUCCGCAAUUUUCCAGCGAAGAGUUUCGCAGUUUUUGUGACAUGAACAACAUCAAACUCAUCAGCACGACUCCAUAUUGGCCACAGCAAAAUGGUGAGGUCGAACGCCAAAACCGAUCUCUUUUGAAGAGACUCAUGAUCAGCCAAGCAACGAAUGCAGAUUGGGUUGAGGAAUUGCAUAAGUAUUUACUGAUGUACCGCUCGUCUCCACACUCAACCACAAAAAGAACUCCGUCGGAAAUGCUUCUUGGCUAUAACAUACGUGACCGGCUUCCCUCGAUUUUCCAGCCAAAAGACCAAAACGAGGACGAAGAAACUGUAGAUCGAGACAAGACUGCCAAGGAAAUAGGAAAGCAAUAUGCGGACAAGCGACGCAAUGCUAAACCAAGUUCCAUUUCCGAAGGCGACACAGUUUUGAUCAAGAAAAUGUCAAAAACUAAUAAGUUGGCUCCAAACUUUGAACCCAAAACUUACAAGGUCCUCAAAAGGAAAGGCGGAGACGUUAUAGUGUCAGCGGAAGAAUCAGGCGUGAAGUAUCGUAGACAUAUUUCUCAUUUACAGCGCAUCCCCGAUGAUUUCAACGCAGCUUCAACUUCCAGCCAUAUUCCGAAGCAGGAUUCACCAACGCCCAGGACUCCAAGUGAUUCAACAGGCAACGAGGACUACGGACAUUCGAGGGAUACGACCGGAAAAGAACCAGCUGUGACAAAGCGAGUCAUCCGAAAGCCGACCUACAUGCAGGAUUACGUACAAUCGGUAGUAGACAAUUCGAAUAAUGAUCCUAACUAAAAAUUAGAUAAAAAUAAAGUGAAUGUAGUAUCUUGGACUCAUUGAAUGUAACACCUA